AUGGCAAUUGAAUCAACUGUUGAAGGAACAAGUACUGGAGUUACAACCAUGGCAUCCUUCCCUGUAAUUGGCCACAAAAAUCUCUUGUUUCUUCAAAACACAGAUACUCCAGGUAGAUCUCUGAUCUCUCUUCAAUUAAUUGGAUCUGAAAACUAUGUAUUGUGGAGUAGAUCAUUUAGGAUUGGACUCGUGGGAUAUAGCAAGUUAGGGUUUGAUGGAAGAUUCCCUAAAUCUAUGUUCGAACCUAUGUUACAUGAUCAAUGGGAAAAAUGUAAUGUUGUAGUAUUAUCUUUGAUAAUGAAUGUUGUUCGACCUGGACUUCUAAGUUCAGUUGUCUAUGCAUCUGAUGAUCGUAAGGUAUGGCUGGAUCUAAAAGAAAGGUUUGAUAUAGUAAACGGAUCUAGGAUAUUUCAUUUACACAGAGAGAUUCACACUCUCACUCAAUACACAUUAACAAUUGCUGACUACUUCUCGAAACUCAGCAACCUGUGGGAUGAGUUUGAUGCUCUCAUACCGUGUCCCUCGUGUCCUUGCCCAGAAUCAAGGAAAUUUGGUGAACAUUAUGAGUACCAAAGACUUCUUCAGUUUCUUAUGGGUUUGAAUAAGUCCUAUUCACCACCUAGAAGUCAAAUUCUUAUGACGAGUUCUAUACCUUCCUUGAACAAAGCUUGUGCUCUUCUUAUGGACCAACGGUGA